AUGAAUUCAUAUUAAGCAAGGCAGGCUUACUUUGGUUUCAAGUAACAUAAAUACAAGUAAUGUUUAUCAUCCAUAAACAUAGCCAGUGUAACGAAACCUGACCGCGCAUCAUAUAGUAAAUUUAAAUUUUAUUAUGACCAGUGGGUAGAAAAUAGAAAUGCGAUGUUACACAAACUUAACAAUGCAUGUUUAUGUAUGAACCAAUAACUUCUAGAUCUUUACGCUGUCUCGCCUUGGGCUUCUGAAGAUUAUCAAAAACCAAUGUUUAUUUAUUACUUAAUUAUCCUUUUUAACCGACUUCAAGAUUUCAAAAGAGGAGGUUAUCAAUUCGGUUGUAUGUUUUUUUUUUUUAAUGUAUGUUACUCCAUAAUUCCGUCAUUUCUGAACCGAUUUAUAAAAUUAUUUUUUUGUUUGAAUUCAUAUACCUAUAUACAGAUUGGUCCCGUUUUUGUCAAAACUCAAUUAUGAUGAUGGAAUCCAUGAGGAAUCGAGGGAACUCUUCAAAUGUGAAAGGCAUUAUAUAGUGAUUUUUGUAUUUUCUGUAACAAAUCAAGCAUUUACAUUUAAAAAUGUGACAUUUUAUGAAGUGGAACUGCUGCUGAUGAUCAGAAUGGAACUCUUCAACGACACAUAGUACACGUUUGGCGAUUUCUCCUCUUCGUUGUGUUUGUUAAGUAAAUGAAAUUUUCAAAACAAUUUUUUGUCAAGUUUGAGUUCUGACGAUGGGGUCCAUGAGGAAUCGAGGGAACUCUUCAAAUAUGAAAGGCAUACAUAUAGUGAUUUUUGUAUUUUCUUUGACAAAUCAAGCAAUUACAUUUUAAAAAUUGACAUUUGAUGAAGUAGAACUGCUGAUGAUGAUCAGAAUGGAACUCUUCAACGACGCAUAGUACACGUUUGGCGAUUUCUCCUCUUCGCUGUGUUUGUUAAGUAAAUUAGAUUUUCAAGACAAGUGGCAAAAAAAACAUGUUACCUCCUUUUUUACAUAAUUAGGCGUAGGACGCUGUCUUUUUAAUUACAUUGUAUGAAAUAUACAAUCAACAAUAAUCGUUCUUUCACCGGUCUCCCUCAUUGAAAUCGGUUUUUUUUUUCUUAAAAAUUAUUAUGUAUUCGAUCAUAAGUACCUACCUAUAAUAGCAUACUUAUAUAGUGGAAACAUGAAUAAAUCAAGAAGUUUGUAUACCUUUAUUUAUAUAAAAUAAAGUUAAAAUGAAAUAAAUUCCAAAAAUCGAUUAAGCAGGUUUACACUCUUAAUAAUCAACGUGCAUGAACGUAAAAACGUUACGUGUUGUAAAACGAACUACUGAUACAACUAGGUGAUUAUACCCUAAGCCUUUACACCGGUGCUGGAGUCAUCCUAGAUGUCGCUUUUUGUGGGGGCCCAUCAUGUGCCGUCUGCCUGAAAUAAAAAUGGGUACCGUAUUAUUAGGCAGGCGUCUGGUUUUUUAUCCCAUAGACGUUCUAUGUCCGGAACACCAUUGCUCCGUGGUGGGUAAAGCCUCUUUACUUGACUAUUGAGAGUUGAUGGAAUCUAAAAUGAGCUAGGUUAUUGGGUGAAAGCGAUGGACUAAAUACUGGUCUGGUCUAUAAAAACAUACCAUGAGUUACCCACUAUAGUGAUUAUAAAUAUUUUCCGACUCUUUUUUCAUAAAAAGUAGAGCUAUAAACAAUUAGAAAUCAUAUUUUUUUGAUUUUAUUCUAAUUUGAUUAAUCAAUUUUACACUACUCUGCAAACUAUGACCAUUUUGUUGCAUUUAAGAUAGCGAAAUAUCCGUUUCUAUUAAAAAAAAAAUACCGGUCGCAUUCAUUUGAUGCCGCAUGCUAAUAUUAGUCUCGGUCACUCGUAUUCAUUAUAAGCUUGGAUGAGUCAAGGGUAGCCCCAGUAACGCCACAGGUGGUACUCGUGGGUUUACUUAUUUACAAGAACAUUCUAGAGCGUUGACCAACGUUUGUUUCUGUUUGAUGUACUAACAACAACAACUCAUUUUACAAACUUAUAGUAGACCUUAUUUCGUUGUAAUAAGAUUUAAGAACAGUCACCGAUGAUACACUCGAUCGUAAGAUUUACGCACUCGUUUGAAAGUGAAUUUGACCUUAACCAAGUCAUUGUCCGGUGUGUUGCGUGUGACAUAGACGCAUCUUGGGGCAUCGUAACGUGACUACAUAUGCCUAUACGGGUAUUAGGCACAAUGUGGAAAUCAUUAUUUUUCGUACUGGCAAGCUCAUGGCUAGUGAGCUGCGUGCCUCCCCCACACCCCGCCGUGAUCCAAGCCAGGCGGGAAGAGGAGUUCCUACCACAGCACCUUCGAAGCAGAGCCCUCCACAACCCUCACCUUAGAGAAAUCCUACCCCUGACUAGUUUGCUCCACAGGGGAGAACAGUUGGUGCAUGAAAGGGAAUCAGACAAAGUGCCUCGCAGCCAGAUAUAUAACCUUCUGACUCACUCCGGGCUAGUUCCGCGUCGGUUCCACCAGCAACCUCAGUUCCAGUUCCAUCAAUUCCGGCCAACGCCGCAGUUCCACGACCCACAGUUCCACAGUCCUCCGGUGUUCCACGACCCGCCCUUCUUCCCUAACCCAGAUGUACUACAACGCUUGUAGAUAUCCGCUACGAAAUCAAUAGGUUAUUUAUGACUUAAAGUAAACCAUAUUUGGCAAUUAUUGCUCUAUAUUACACGUACCAUUAACCUACAUGCACCUACUUAAUUUUAAGUGUUAAAAUAUGUCAUGUAGUUAGUAAACUCAAUUAUCGUGACCUUGGUGUUGAAAACACGAAAGUGAAUAAAUGAGACACGAUAUAAUGCAUUUCUGUUUGGCAUUGGUUGAUUGGUGUAACCUUGAGUGA